AUGCCCGCUACUGCUGCUCCAGACCCUCUGGCCAACUCGCCGGCUCAGGACCUCCCCGAAACCAUCUUCCCCGGCGACAACCUCGUUCGUCGAGGGUGGUGCACGGUCGCGAACGACAAGGCGAGGGCUCCAGCGCCUCAUAAGCUGUACUACGAACUCCAUGGCCAGGACGAGCCGACGAGCUAUCGCAUGGUGUUUACGAUGGGUUUGAACAACUCGUCGUUCGCCUGGCACAACCAAGUCUCGCACUUUGCCCGACUGUCCGGCUACUCAUGCCUGGUCUUCGACAACCGCGGCGUGGGCUGGAGCGAUACGCCGCCUGGUGCAUACUCGACUAGCGAGAUGGCGAAGGAUGUGGAGGAGCUGCUCGACUUUAUCGGGUGGAAGGAGGAGCGGAGCAUCAACCUGGUCGGUGUGAGCAUGGGCGGCAUGAUUGCGCAGGAGCUGGCCCUCCUCAUCCCCAAGCGCAUCCGUGCCCUCCUCCUCACCUCUACCCGCUCCGGCUCUCGCUUCGAUCCGCCCUCCCUGAAGGCCAUCAACAUGUUCGGCAGACUCACGACUGGCCUCGCCAAGACGCCCGAAGAGCAGGUUCGACUCGUCGCCAACACGUUGUUUCCGGAGGAGUGGUUGAAGGGCAUUGUCGAGGAGGAUGGCGAGUGGAAGGGCAAGACACGGAGAGAAAUGAUUGAGGCGGACUUCCUCCACCGGUACCACAUCGGCCGACGCCAAACGCUCGGCGGACGACUAGGCCAACUCGCUGCGGUCUUUAAGCACCACGUCUCGCCUGAACGCCUCGCCCUAAUCGCCGAGCAGAUCCCUCGAGUCGCCAUCAUACACGGCACCGAAGACAACUUGAUCCGAGUACAGCGUGCGCACGAGCUGCACAAAGACCUGCCUGGCUCGCAUCUCAAGAUCGUGGAAGGCGGGGGACACGCUCUGCCGAGUCAGAUCAAGAAGGAGUAUAACGCAUGGCUGAGCGAGCAUGUCGAGCGAGAGGAGGCGAAGUAG